UCGCGUUGUUCCGGCGGAGCACCAACAUCUCGAACAACCGCAGCCUCGUCUAUUGAGGACCAAAGGAAGCUGGACAACACACGCCCCAUCGCGUUGCCUCUAAGCUUUUGAUAUUUCGGAAUCGAAGACGGGAGCGGAGAUGGAGAACGAGUUCCAGGAAGGAAAGGAGGAAGUUAUCCAAGCAUGGUAUAUGGAUGACAGUGAAGAAGACCAGAGGCUUCCCCAUCACCGUGAACCAAAGCAGUUUGUUUCUAUUGACAGGCUUGCAGAACUUGGUAUUGUUAGCUGGCGAUUAAAUGCUAAUGAUUAUGAAAAUGAUGAAGCGCUGAAAAAGAUUCGUGAAGCCAGGGGCUACAAUUACAUGGACAUAUGUGAUAUUUGCCCAGAGAAAUUGCCAAAUUAUGAAGCCAAGAUCAAGAGCUUUUUUGAGGAGCACCUGCACACUGAUGAAGAGAUCCGUUACUGCGUUGCAGGAAGCGGUUAUUUUGAUGUGAGGGAUGAAAAGGAUCAAUGGAUUCGCAUAGCUGUGAAGAAAGGGGGAAUGAUUGUCUUACCUGCUGGAAUUUACCACCGUUUCACUCUUGAUACAGAUAACUACAUAAAGGCUCUACGACUUUUCGUGGGGGAACCUGUGUGGACUCCAUAUAACCGACCCCAUGAUCAUCUCCCUGCGAGGAGGGAGUAUGUUGAUGCCUUUAUAAAGAAGCCAACUGUUAGCCAAGCAGUUGAGGCACUCUGAGUGCAUUUGCCUUACCCUUCUCCUAUAUAGUUCUUGGAAUACUACUUUUGAAUACCUUAUGCAUCCCUAUAUGUUCAUGGCCUAGGUGGCUCAAUUGUCUUUUAAUAAAAACCUUGCUUGUGAAACUAAAUGGUUAUGUUGAUCUUGAGGUUUAUUAUCCUCAGCGUAUAAGACUAUUUUUUGUCCAAAAGAAUAAAUUUGCAGCUGUUAAACAGUGAUUGUAUGAUGCUUUUGUGUUCAAUAGAAUUUCACUAAUCUGUGUAGUAUGA